GCAAGAAGCAACUUGUUGAGGCUGGUAGUUUCCAGCGCUCGGAUUUUGGUUGCGCCAUGGAAGCGUUAAAGAGCGCCAAGGCAGCGCUGGCGGACCAGCGCUUCUUCGACGGAGUGCAGCUGGUGAACGGCGCCUUGGAGGCGCAAGCAGGGAGCAAGGCAGGGGGCUACGCCGAGGCCGAGGCCGGGAGGGCGGAAGACAAGCAGGAGAUCCUCCGGAGCCCGGAGACGUUUCUGAAGCGAGAGUUGCCUCAGAUGAAGGACGCCCAGCGGCAGCUCCUUGCGCAACUCUUCGCCGUGCGAACGGACUUGCUGCUGGGCCUCGGCGCGCUGAAGCGCGCCGUGGUGGACAUCAGCGCCGCGAGGCUGCUGGCGCCGGAGGACGAGGCCAUGGCCAAGAAGCAGAAAGACAUCGAAGGCCAGCUGGCAGCGGGCCCUGAGACCGCGGCCGGGUCCAAGACGCCCACCAGCAUCAUCACUGGCUUCCUGGGCGCCGGAAAGACCACCCUGCUGAACUACAUCCUGGAGAGCAACCAUGGCAAGAAGAUCGCCAUCAUCGAGAACGAGUUCGGGGAGGUGGGUAUUGAUGAUGCCCUGCUGAACACCAAGAGUGCGGUGACAGAGGAGAACGUCAUCGAGAUGAACAACGGCUGCAUUUGCUGCACGGUGCGCGGGGAUCUCAUUGCCGGCCUCAAGAAGCUCCACAAGCAGACCACCGGCAAGGGCAAGCCCUUGGACGGCAUCAUCAUCGAGACCACGGGCUUGGCGGACCCCGCCCCAGUGGCGCAGACCUUCUUCGCCGACGAAUUCGUGAGCGCAAACAUGGUGCUGGACGGGAUCUUGACGGUGGUGGACGCCAAGCACAUCGUGGGCCAACUUCAAGAGGAGAAGCCGCAGGGCGCUGUCAACGAGGCUGUGGAACAGAUUGCCUUCGCAGAUCGCAUCCUACUGAAUAAGACGGAUUUGGUCACAGAGGCGGAGGUGGAAACCGUCCAAAAGGAGAUCCGCCGCAUCAACAAGACGGCCGCCAUCCGCAGGACCCAGAACUCUGUGGCGGACAUGGACUUUCUAUUGGGCAUCCAGGCCUUCUCCCUGGAGAAGGUGCUCAUGCAGAUCAGCCAAGGGUCCUUGGAAGAGGAGGAGCAUCAUGGCCACGGCGGCCACGGAGGCCACGGCGGCCAUGGAGGCCACGAAGGCCACGAAGGCCAUGGCCACGACAGCCACGGCCACGACAACCACGGCCACGAGGGCGGCCACGAGCACAGCUGCGCGGACGAGGCUUGCGAGCACCAGUCCCACAAGCGCCACGACUACCGGGUGAGCUCCGUUGGCAUCCAGAGGGACCAGGAGGUUCUGAAGGAGAAGUUGGACGCCUUCAUCAGUUGGUUGGUGCAGACCAAGGGCCCUGAUCUGUACCGCUCCAAAGGGGUGCUCGCUGUGCGAGGCAUGUCUCAGAAGUUCGUCUUCCACGCGGUGCACAUGCAGUUCAGCGGGCGGCCGCAAGACGCCUGGAGCGAAGGCGAGAAGAGGCAGUGCAAGAUGGUCUUCAUCGGAAAGAACCUGGACCGGGCAGAGCUGAACAAGAAGUUCGACGAGUGCCUUGCGAUCUGAGCGGGAUUUCGUCUGGAUCUGUGCGACCUAGUUGCACCAUAUGGCAUACUAAAUGUGCCCAAACGGGGAGCCG